AUGGCUACAGCGUCGGCGGAGAAAGAGCUCUCCCUGGUCGGCAAAGUCGAGUUACGCAUUGCUCUAGCGGACUCCGAUGAGAAGCUGGAGGCUUUGUUGAAGACCUAUCUCGCGCCCUUGCUGCUCAAACUUGCAUCGGAGCACGCAAGCGUCAGGAACAAGGUCAUAUCUAUAUGUCAGCACGUCAGCACUCGGAUAAAGCCACAAUCAAUCAAGCUUCCCGUUGCAGCGCUUCUGAAGCAGUUCAAGGACCAUCCGAACGCGCCGCUGAUCCGACACUUCGACAUUGUUUAUAUCCAACAAGGCCUUCCCCGCCUGUCAGUUGCGGAACGACUAGAGCUACUUCCUGUGCUCUUCCAUGGAAUCGCCUCGCAGAUAACUCCCCCCACAACGCAUGGUCCGCAGAUCUUUCAUCUUCUACUGCGGGUUCUAGGCCACUUGCAGCUACCGCCGAGGGGCAGCAAAGAAGACGAAGAAUUACGGAAAAAGUUUGGAGUAUCCGACGACGACGCCAAAGCUCUUUCAAGCUGGUUUGGAAAGCUAAUCCUGCUUGUCGUGAACCGCACGCCGGGUGCGGGGUCUGCAGGCAAUGAGACUUGCCCAGGUCUUUCAGUGGAAGACUAUCAGUUUCUCACACAGCAAGGCAAGGCAGAAGUCUGGGACCCAACGAAAGAGUCCGGACUAAGCCUCACCGAGACCAAAGUGACAGUCGCCAAACUGCUCGCAAGCGGCAUCUUCAAGGAUGAAGAGCGUUUCCUGCCGGCUGUAUUCGCCUCCGCAGACACCAAUUCGAGAAUUGCAGAAAUAGGCGACGACAUUUUGAAACGUGCCACGCAAAGCAUAGAUUUAGAAGACUCAAUGCUCGUGCAAGUCUUCUAUGACAUAUACCUCGGUGGCCAGCCUCCUCAAGGGCCGCCGGCUGUACGUCCUGCUCUUCGUAUAAAGCUCCUGUCCCUCCUUACCAAGUCCGUCGCUAGUACGAGGUUUCCCGAACGGAUAGUCUGUAUCGUCGAGGAAGGUCUUGCGCCCGGGCAACAAGACAGCACCAGCUCACGAGGCCGCGAGAUCUCUAAACUACGGUCCGCCAUCUUCAGCUUUGCAAACUUUGUAGCUCGUAGGGGCUCACCGGCCGAUGUACAAACCGUCGCACCUAUUCUUGUCGACCGCUUACGCGCGUUUAUCGAAGAUCAGGGCUGGCCGACUCUCAACAGGGAUGAAGACAUCUCCUUACGAUGCUACGGCUACGAAGUGAUUGGUUUACUUGCCAAAGCCGCCCCACAGCAGACCCUAGUCGAGCCGGACUUAAGGCUGCUGGCAUGGCUCUUUCGGUCGCUCCGUGAGGACAGCUCUGGCAGUCAGACAACCGUGAGCAUUGAAGAGGCUUUAUCGGCAGUCAUUGGAGCUUUCAAUGGACUCACGCAAAGCGACAUCCAAGAUAGCCUGAGAAAGCUCUUGCUCGCACAGGUGGAGAUCUCCGAUAACAAACAGGCUUCUGAUGCGAAGAUUAGAAGCACGCGGUAUCCUGCGGUGCGGUUCGCGAACCGGUGCCUGCCAUACAGUGAUGCCGUGGCCCGAUGGAUUGACAUCCUCGCUGUCGUUCAAGACGACGCAUCAAGCAAGCACGAGCUGGUGGAAGAAGGUCGGCGUGGGCUCGACCCGCACUGGUAUAAGUUGCUCAGCACGACGCAAGCGCAGUCUGGUGCAGCUACUUUGAUGCUUCCAGACUUUGACAUGCCCGACUUUGCAACGCUCGUGCACUUUGUGUUCACUCAGUCCGCUAAGAACGACGGUUCAGCAGGCGCAACGGACGGUCCAGACCAUGGAAUCAGCCACUCAUUAUACAACUUUAUACGGUUACAUUCCAAGGCCUUAGCACCCUCGGUGAAGUUUUGCCACCAGGUGCUCAUGAGCCAAGCAUUGUCAUCAGAAGGCAUAGCUAUUCCGAUCGAUGCAGACUGGGAGAGGAAGCUUGAAACUGCUUACACGACCGACCCAAAAGCUAGAUCUGCCAUCAGAGUGUACAUAAAGAACGCCUCUAGAAACGAGAGUGAGCAGUACUCCGCGUUGCUGAUCUUACUACAAGCUGCCUUGGAAGGCCUUCUCUGGAACGAAGGCAAUGGCCUCGGCGUUUGCGGAGCUAUCUUUGUAUCUUUCUGUUCGCUAUGCCCGGACCAUCUCCUCGCUGCGGCAGGGUUUACUCGAAGGUUUCGCUUACUCGAAGUUGCAAUAUUCUCAAACGACCAGCGUGCAAGAGUACAAGCUAGCCAUGCUUUCGGCCUCCUCGCCACCCAGGAGUCAUGCAAUCAGGACGACGUGUCAAGUUCCCUAUCAGUCCUGCUCGGAAAGUUGACCACUUGGAAAGGAGCCAUAGGCGCCGCGGUAAACCAGGUUAGCGGCGCCAUUGUUGCUCUGUCGUACUUUUUCAGCAGACUCUCGUAUCGUGGCCGCAGCGCGACUGUGCGCGAAGCAAGCUUCCACACCUUCUUAGAGACUCUAUUCAACAUCCUAAAGUCGUCUCCGGACAGUUCGAUGCGAGCUGCCUGCUUCUCAGCCGUUGAUCAGUUGAGCUUGUUCUACAGUAUCGAGCCUAGCUCUAUUGAAGUAUACAUGCCGUUUCGGUCUGUGGUUGACAAGAUAAUGGAGACAGCCAAAACAGGCAAUGAGCACGCAAUCCUUACUCUCGGUCACCUCGCCAUGACAGCUACAGAGACCGGAAACAGCAGUGCCGAGACAUCGAAUCUAUCCUACGUACUUGAACGCAUGUAUCAACUCCACGAGGUUCGCCAGGCCGAGUCGCGGUUUGCCGUUGGCGAGGCUCUAAGCUGUCUGACCUGCGGGUGGGACUCGACGGCGCUAGCCUCACAGCUUGAUAUUGAAGGUCAAGCACCUUCCGGCACCUCACGGGAAGACGCACUGGGCGAGGUGCUCGACAAGAUUCUCAUUGACUGCAAAAACACCAAACCCUCUCUCAAGAAAGCAUCCGUAAUCUGGGCCAUGUGCCUUGUGCAAUUCUGCGGUCACCGCUCAGAGGUCCAGCAACGGCUACGGAGGUGUCAGGCUGCCUUCGGAUACUGCUUGUCAGAUCGGGACGAAAUUGUUCAAGAGGCUGCGUCUAGAGGUCUUGGUCUGGUUUAUGAGAAGGGGGAUCGGCAGCUCAAAGAUGAGCUUGUACGAGAUCUUGUGGGCUCUUUCUCUGGAGAAAACAAAGCGGACUUAUCUGGCCGCAUCACGGAAGACACACAGCUUUUCGAGCCUGGUGCUUUGCCUACUGGUGAAGGUUCGGUUACGACGUACAAGGACAUCCUCAGUCUGGCUUCCGAAGUCGGUGACUCCAGCCUAGUGUAUCGCUUCAUGUCUCUGGCGGCAAACAAUGCUAUCUGGUCCAGCCGAGCAGCUUUUGGAAGAUUUGGGCUUAGCAGUGUAUUUUCAGACUCCAGCGUCGACGGAUACCUGGCCGAGAACCCUAAGCUUUAUCCGAAGCUCUAUCGGUACAGAUUCGAUCCAAAUCCCAACGUGCAGCGCUCAAUGAACGACAUCUGGAAUGCCCUUGUAAAAGAUUCUUCAUCUACACUUGAGAAGUAUUUCGAUGCCAUCAUGGAAGAUCUGCUCCAGAAUAUACUUGCUCGAGAAUGGCGAGUAAGACAGGCAUCCUGCGCGGCUAUUGCCGAUCUGGUGCAGGGACGCAAGCUAGAGAAGUACGAGCCUUACCUUGGACGGACUUGGACUUUGUGUUUCAAGGUAUUGGACGACAUCAAGGAGUCCGUACGAGCGGCGGCUGCUGCCCUGGCCCGAGUUCUUACUGGCGUACUUACAAGAAGCCUUGAGGCCGGAGAGGCUUCGUCCAAGGCCGCAGAUGCUAUGCUUAAGCAUGUUCUUCCCUUCCUUCUCUCAACAUCUGGAUUGGAGUCCAGUGCCACCGAAGUCCAAGCGUUCGCCCUCGACACGUUGUUGCAGAUCAUCAAGAAGAGCAGUGGCAAGACCUUGAGGCCUUUUAUCCCAGAGCUUGUUGAGCGGCUUCUAGGAUUACUGAGCUCCUUGGAGCCGCAAGCAGUCAAUUACCUUCACCUGAACGCCUCCAAGUACAACCUGACCGAGCAGAAGAUCGACGAUAUGCGACUCGCAAGCAUCCGUGGGAGCCCUCUAACGGAAGCCAUUGAGAGAUGCCUGGAUCUUGUGGACGAGCCCACAAUGGAAGCACUCGUGCCUCGCCUAGAGAAUGCUCUGAAGUCUGCUGUCGGCCUGCCGUCAAAGGUUGGGUGCAGUCGGAUCCUUGUCUCACUGAGCACACGGCACAACUCUCUUUUCAGACCGCAUGCGGACCAUUUCCUGAAGCUCAUAGAGAAGCAAGUUCUCGAUUUUAACCCGACUGUAUCAAGCUCCUACGCAGUAUCUGCCGGCUACGUCGCCAGAGUAGCUUCGAAUAAGCAGAUACUGAAACUCAUCGCCUUCAGCAAACGGUUGUACUUCACAUCAGACGACGACCGAUCACGAGUUGCUUCAGGGGAUAUUGUGCAUGCCUUCUCCAAGCACGCGUCCGACCGCUUCAAUACGCUCGCAGUGGAGCUCCUGCCCUUCGUGUUUGUGGCGAAGCAUGACAGCCACGAACAUGUCAAGGAGCAGUUCCAGACUACUUGGGACUCUCAUGUCGGCGGUCCGCGAGCGGUGCUCUUGUAUCUUAAAGAUAUCGUAACGUUGGCACAAGAGCAUCUAGAUUCGCCACGCUGGGUCCUGAAGCACACUGCCGCCCGCGCGAUUGCCGACGCAGUCAUGUCGGCCUCGUCCGCCAGUGAUGAACUGAGUCUUGCAGAUGCAGAGAUUCUCUGGCCGGCCGUAGAUAAGGCGAUGGCCGGAAAGACGUGGGAGGGCAAAGAAAUCGUCCUGGCGGCCUAUGUACGUUUCGUGGAGAAGGGAGGGCAGCUUUGGAGGGCGCGCUCAAACGUUGCCGGCCAGAUCAACAGGGUCAUCGUCCGCGAAGCAAAGCGUCAGAACACUACAUACCGUCAAUACGCUCUCGGUGCGCUGGGUCAAGUGGCGGCGGCCCGAACGGACAUGGAUAUAAGCGAGACAGUCAUGGAGAUCGUGGAACCAGUGGUCGAAGAGCUUACAGCUACCAGUGUAGAUGCCAUGGAGGUUGAUGGCGAGAGCAAGGUCACAGAUGAUAAAUUGCGUGACAGGACGCUUGCCGGCAGUGUCGAAGCCCUAUGCGCAUCAGCGAACCUCACCACUUUACCACGAGCCCUCCAACUUGCCGCAUCUGUGAACUCGGUGCGUUCAAACAAUGUACAGCUCGCGCUCUUCGAAGCGCUUCUCAAGAUGUUUCAACGACUUGUCAAGGAUCACCCCGGCUUCGGGCAACAUGUACCAGCACAAGUCGGAACCAGUUUGGUGUCACUCAUCUUCGACCCUAGGUACAAUGACUUGAGCGAAGCUCUACGUCUCAAGAGGUCGCGGAUGAUCGUGGCGCUGGCGCAGGUGGCAGGACUUGGGCAGUCUGCGCUCAGGGAGAGGCUGCCGGGUGAGAUUGAGAGUGAGAAAUCCUCACCCGUGCGGCAAGAGCUGGAGCGGGCGUACAGGGUACUUGCGUGA